AUGCGGAUCCAUAAGGUGGAGCUCGGCAUGGAAGGCGGUACCUUCCGCCGCAUUGUCCAUAAAGGUGACGAUAAUGAGCCACCUUUGGAUUUUGCCAAUUAUCUUAUGGAUCGGGACCCACCACCUCCCUUGAGGGAUGAAUUGGAGGGCGAGGAUAAUAGUGCGGUUUCAGAUUGGUUAUAUGAACCGUUCCCGCGUCUUGUGUCAUCAAAUCAAAUCCACGGACCGCGCCGGCCGAGGGGGUACUAUUUUAACAUAGAAGUUGUAGAAAAUCUCCUUCGGCUGGCCUUUCCUAUUAUACCAAUACUAGAUGACCGUAACUAUUAUUACUUGUGGAAUCUUAAAUCAUUCUACACCGCAAAGGCUAUGCAUCUGGCUAUUCCUAGAGGACCUAAAUUUGAACCGCCACCCUCGAUCAAGCAAAAAGAGGAUGAUGAUGAUUGGACUGAAUUCAAUGACUUGCGGCGUGUAAUUCACCGUGAUAACCCGCUCAAUCCCCGCUUCACUAUGCUCACAGAGCGGCAGAUUGCCUUUCCUUUUCUGUACGGAAGUGAGGUGAGUGGAGUCCAGGUGGCACCCUACCGCUACUCAGCCUCAGUUCGUGUGGAAAACGACGACCCAGAGUUACCAUGUUUCUCAUUCCAUCCGUCUUUGAAUCCUAUUAAAUCCUUAGAGAAGAAGUACACGGAAAGAGAUUGUAUUAAUGGAGUUCUGUGUUCCUCUAUUGUCGCAUUUGCACUCACGCAACAACAAAUAAGGAAUAUUGACGGAUCUGGGAAAACCGAUGAGGGAAAAGGAAAUGAAGGUAUUUUACCAUCCAUAAGCUUGCCCCAAAACUUUGAGCCUUUUUUGAGCGAACUUCCCUUAGAAACAUCGCAAACUAAAGCUGCUAUGACCCUAAUCUUUGCACCGAAGCCUUUUAACGCGUUUGAGGGGGGCUUGAAACGUCGAGUGGAUGUUCCUUUAUGUGAAAGCUUUUAUCAGGACCCACCUGAUUUACUCACCUCGGACACAAGCGAGAAGACGCUCCGGAGCUAUACCCAGUUGCUUAAGCAUUAUGUUAAGCGCCAUUUGCAUAAAAACCGUAAGCAUAUGCAUUCCACUCCUGACGACGACGACGUCAAGAUGUCCGGAAAGACUCGUCUAGAACGUCUUGCAGAGAUCAAGUACUUUGCUCGAACAAAAAUGGAUUGGCUGGAAGCCGCACUGCAGCUUAUGCAUCAGGGUCACAACAUGCUUGUUCAGUUCAUCAACAUAAAGUGCUUGCCAUAUGUACACAUUGACUACAACUUUGAGGCAAAACCGACUCGCACGUUGACCACUAAGGAAAUCAAAAAGAGUCGUUUAGGCCCAUCUUUUCACCUCGUGCGAGAGAUGCUAGGGUUUAUGAAACAAAUCAUCGAUUUACACGUGAUGUACCGGCUCGGACGCAGCGAUGCUUUUCAGCUGGCCGAUGCUCUACACUAUUUGUUUAAUCACGUCGGAGUUCAGACAGGUAUAUACCGUUAUAAGCUUCGUACCAUGCGGCAGAUCAAGCGCACCUCUGACUUAAAGCAUGUGUUGUACAGCAGGUUCAACGUUGGUGGGGUGCCGAGUGUACCAGGCUGCGGGUUCUGGGGACCUUCAUGGAGAGUAUGGGUUUUCUUUUUCCGCGGGAUGACUUCACUUUUACAGCGCCACCUAGGGAAUCUCACUGAGCGCGUGCUUUAUGGGCGAGUUCAAAAAGACAAAUACACUGGAAAGCGUGUCACCCGCCAGCGAGUGGAAACUUACAAAGAUGUCAACAUCAAAGAGGCGUUUAGGCGAGAGCUACGUGAGAUGCUUCCGGAACAUGUCAAGGGUUCUGUCAUCGUGACGAUGGAUCAACACAUGAACGAAGCGUUUCGCCACUGGCGUGCAGGGGUGCCGUGGUCUAUCCCUGGAUUGGCGAAACCUCUAGAGGAUCUGGUAAAAAAGUACGUUAAGUUGCGCUCGGAAGAGUACAUGCGAAUUGCACAACUGCAGAGGCAGCGCAUUGCGGAUAGCGACAUGGUUGACAAACGGGCAUUCAUGAAGAAUCUCGGCCGCCUGACACGCUUGAAGAUGAUGGAAGAGCAAGAGCGACAGCGGCUGUACAUCCGUGGUGAAGAUAAGACAGCUUUGACGCCGGAUGUGGCAACGGAGAUUUACCGUAUGAUGGCCAAUUGGCUUGAUGAUCGUGGAUUUAAAAAAAUAUCUUUCCCUGAUCCGUCGAGAACGGCUGAACUCUCACUGCUCAAGCUCUCUCUCAAUCGCCUCCGGGAUCAGCAUAACAUUGCCAACCGCUUGACAGCGAGGCAACGGGAAGAGCAGACGCGUAUAGAACAGGCCUUUAAUGCGCCGCAUGAAAUGUUAUCGCGCAUCGUCGACGCCUUAGCGCAUCAGCGCCGAUUCAAGAAUCUGGAGGUCGAGUACAUCGACAAUUUCUCGAACCUUUAUCCCAUUUACAACGUAACCCCGACGGAAAAGAUGACGGAUGCAUUCCUUGAUCAGUACCUGUGGUAUAAGGCGAUGGGAGUCCAGCGCAUGUUCCCCAAUUGGGUAAAACCAUCCGAUACGGAACUCGCACCACAGCUUGUAUACCGCUGGUGUGAAGGCAUUAACAACAGCCCUGAUAUAUGGGAUGUCAGCCAUGAAGAGUCCGUGGUACUUCUGCAUGCCGACUUGCAGCAGGCAUUUUAUGACAAGGUGGAUUGGAUUUUCUUCCGUCCACUGCUGGAGUUGAUUAUGGACAAAUCUCUUGUCGAUUACAUCGUCAGCCGUCACGACGUAGUGGUCGAGUUCAAGGAUAUGAGUUACCAUCAUCACAAAGGUCUCAUUCGUGGGUUCAUGUUCUCAUCGUUCCUUGCCCAGUAUUGGGGCCUGAUGAUGGACAUUCUUUUAAUAGGAACUAGACGAAGUCAGGAAAUUGCAGGGACAGCGCUCAAGCCUAAUCCCUUUUUGAGUUUUUUCCGCGAUCCUUUCCUUGCGGUGUCGCACCCUAUUCGUGGUUAUUGCCGCUAUCACAAUGAAGUUUACAUCCUAUUACGCUAUACCAAGGCUGAGGCUGAUGAUAUUCGCCAGCGCUACCUGAAAGAGACGAACUCAGACCCGACUAUGCGCUCUAAGAAUGCAUCCGUAUAUGGAUUCAAGAAUCCCAAACAAUGGGCUCGCGACGCACGUAUGCGGUUAUUCUUGAAUGAUGUCAAUCUUGCGCGCGCGGUGUUGUGGGAGUUUAGCGGACGUUUGCCACCAGCUUUGGCUGAGAUUACUGAUGAAAAGAGUUUUGUAAGCGUUUAUUCUAAAGAUAAUCCCAAUCUUCUAUGUGAUAUUGCCGGCUUUUCUAUCCGCCUGUUGCCAGUGGCACGCACGGAGACGGAAGUUCUGGAGAAUGAGUCGAUGUGGAGCCUGCGCAACCAUACCACUAAGGAUAUCACCUGCCGUGCGUUUCUUCAGGUGACGAAGGAACAUAUUAACAUGAUGCGUAAUAAGGCCCGCCGGACCGUCAUGAUGGUGGGAAGCUCAACUUUUCACAGCAUUGCAGCCAAAUGGAAUGCAUUCAUAACAGAAGUGGUGCCUUACUACCGUGAGGCGAUCCUCGGAUCGGAGGAAUUGCAGAUGGUUUUGGCCAUGGCGGAGCAUCGAAUGCAGGCUCGCGUUAUGAUGAAUUUAAACUCGCGCGCCAAGUCACGUUUUCCUGCGGCAAUGUUUUACGCACCAUCCGAUUUGGGAGGUCUGGGUAUGCUGUCUGUAGGUCACUCAUUUAUUCCGGCCAAAGAUACGGUGUACUCCAAAACAACUAGUACCGGCAUACAAUUUUUCUACUCAGGACUCACCAACGAUGAAAAUAUUCCGAUUCCUAAUAUUUUGCAGUACUAUACCCCGUGGGAGACUGAGUUUCGGGAAAGUGAACGGGCUUGGCUAGAGUUUCGCUCACGCGAGCGGGAAGCAAAAGCUGCUGGUGGUCGGGUUUCGUUGGAUGACAUUGAGGAUAUUAUUGACAAGGGUGUUCCCCGCGUCCGUGUGCGCUUCUCACGUAAUGCACCCCUCUUCCACUUUAACGUUGGGUUUCGGCCUCGUAUGGAAUUCCAACGCUAUCAAGCUGGAAAGUAUCUGAAAAAUUGGUGGUUUCACCAUGAACAUGACGGAAAUAUUUGUGGUGGCGUUUUGGAGAAGUACCGAGCGGAUAUGAACAUCGCUCUCGGUGGUGUUGAGGCUAUUUUAGAACAUAGUCUUUUUAAGGGCACUGGAUUCCCAUCAUGGGAAGGUAUCGAAUUCAACCGCGAAGGUGGAUUUGAAAAUACUAAAAAAGACUCAAAACUUGCGAAGCAGCAGCGCGCGGGUCUUUCCAAGGUUCCGAAUCAACGAUUUGCACUCUGGUGGAGUCCCACUAUCAACCGUUCCGACGUUCAGGCUGGAUUUGAAUCCAAGAUCGAAACCACUGGUGUGUUUAUGCAUGGUAAGCUCGAGACCAUUAAAAAGUCGCUGAUCAAGAUUUUUAGCCAAUCUUUGUGGGAAAAGAUUCACGCCUCUGUGGUGAAUGCCAUCGCGAGUAAAAUGAAAGACUCGAUGAUGGAUCUGUCGGCGGCGUCCGUGACGCUUCAGCAGCAGCAUCCUCAAAAGUCCUAUACCUUUACCAGUUCUGCCGCGGAUAUUAUCAUGGUGAGUGCAGCUCGCUGGCCUGUGACCAACAAGCCCACCUCUCUUACGGAUGAGGUGUCUGACGAAUACAAAGGCCUCACAACAGGUAAGUUCUGGAUCGAUAUCCAGCUUCGUUGGGGCAAUUACGACAGUCACAACAUUGCGGAAUACGCCCGAAAGAAGUUUUAUGAAUACGGUACCUCCAAAAUGUAUCCCUUUCCAUCCGGUGUUAUUAUUGCCAUUGACAUCGCUUACAAUUGCCACAGCGCCUUUGGGCAUUGGAUACCAGGGCUCAAACCGCUAAUGGUGAAGCUCAUGCAGGCCAUCAUGCGAAGUAGCCCGGCACUAAACACGCUACGCGAUCGUAUGAAACGUGAUCUCGGUCUUUUUAGCUCCAACCCAACCGAAUCUAGUUUGUCCGAUACGAAUAUCGCCGAGCUCUUCUCUGGUGGGAUGCGGACAUGGAUUGUCGACGAUAGUGCGACCUACGUCACCAGUGAGCAGCCCACCCCAGACGGUGGGCGAAAAUUCAAGUCCGAGAAUGGUGCCGUGUUAAUCUUUGAGCCAGUCAGUGGGCAGCUCCGAAUGAGUGUGGUGCACAAAAGCGUUUUUUCUGGGAUGAAGCGCCGUUCUAAGCUUGCACGCGAAAAGGCCGCCGAGGAGAUCGCGUCGUGGCUUCGCAGCACCCCUCCCAACGAGCGUCCUGGGAAAAUCAUCGUAACGCGCUCUCGGUUUCGGCAAACCUUGCAUAAUAUGUUGGUACUGGACCAUCCCAACCUAAUUAUUGGUCAGAGCGAACUCAACUUGCCUUUACCGAUGAUCCUACGUCAUACCCGCCUCGUUAACCUACGCAUCACGGCGACCGAGAGCAAGGGCUGGGAGUUUUGCCUUUAUGACGAAUGGCAAAUGUCUUUGCAAUUUCAACCUAUCACGUGCUUUAACUUGCUCAAUCUCGUAUUGCGUGGGUACCACGUGAAUUUGAUGCGCACACGACAGAUACUCGUACCGGACUUGCAUGUCGAGGUGUCGGCUUCGAACUUUUGGCCAACAUUUGGGUCGCGGCAGGAGUGGGAGAUCGUGUCGACUCGAUUGGAAGAGAUGAUCAUUGCGGAUGCCGCUCGUCGGAUGAAUGCCAGUCCAAACGAUUUCACCGAGAAAGAGAAGGAGGGUAUUCUGCUUGGAAAGCGCAUGACAAAUGUCGAGAUACAGGAGGCCGAGAUCAAGGAGAUCGAGUCCAUGCGGCGCACCAAGGUGCCAGAAAAGACGGUCGAAUUAACCACCCGCACGGGCGAGGUCGUAACGCGCAAAAUCAAAAGCGCCUUCGACUUUGGCGGUGCCGCCUUGGAGAGCAUUUGGCGUCCCCGCUCUCUCGCGAAUGCCGCGUUUCUGGACGAAAGUACCUCGCUAAGACUGGACGUGGCAGGGACCACCGCGGGAAGUGACCAGCUGAUUCUUCCCGAAGAUCUCCUGCAAAAGCUCUUGGCCGCGUGUGAUGUGAAGGUGCAGUGCUGCGCCUACCUAUUUGGCCACGCCCUGCCGGACUCCCCUAACAUUAAGGAGGUGCUGUGUGCGAUGAUACCGCCCCAGGCCGGGUCCCCGCAGGGGAUUCGCACACCCACCCGAAUUCCCUUUGAGGCGCCCGAAUUGCAGGAUGGCAACUUGGCGUUUUUGGGCAUCGUGCGGACAGGGGAGUCUGCAGUGCUGAUCGAUUCCUACGAUUUGGCGAUGCAGGGACGCCUGUUGAGCGCGAACGAUGGAAUCGCUAUGGAGGGAUUUCUGACGGUCAUCCUCGGGAUGUCCGAGGAUGGGGUGAAUAUGCGCUGUUUCUCCAUCACCCCAGAUGGCAUCACCUGGGCACAGGCCGAGCAUGAAAAUAUCUUGAAGCGAAGUCCGACAGAGAUUCCGGUAGAAUACUAUAACCCUAGUCGAGGGACUCUUUCCACAAAAUUGGCAGGGUUUUUCUUGGUUCCCACUGAUCGGCUGUGGAACUAUUACUUUAAAGGAGCACUUUGGAAGGAUACAAGCGAGUUCGAAGUAACAGUAGAUAUUCCGAAGGCUUUUUUUGCGGCAAUGCAUCGAACCGAACAUUUUCUGAGCUUUCUUCGUCUACGGGAAAAAGAAGAUAUGAUUGAUAUCAUGGAUGAAAAUGACGUCUUCGACAAUGAAGCAGGUUUCCUGUAG